GCCACCGCGACAGCGCCACCACACCAGCUCGCACUCACUCGCACUCAUACGCACACACACACGGGGCUACGACCAUGUAUUGUUAGAUGCACUGGAGCGCGUGUCGAUUAACAGAACUACGGCUGUUUCUGUGCUCGAUCGAUUCUGUUAUGGUUCGUCUUCUAUUCUCGACGGUACUCAACGGAUACGGUUCAACUACAGCUGAGCAGUAGUAUGCGUCCGACGAAUGGAGGCUCAUUUCGCGCACCAAAAGUUAGUGUAACCCGUCCAAGAACGUCUGUUGAAGAUGAUGAAGAGAAGAAGGAAAUGGCGGAAGCUGCAUUCCGAGAGUGGUUGAAACGUAAAGCAUCGGAACCUCACACACCUCGGGCAUCACCUUCUAGGGAACAAAUCUGCCUGCAUCUAAAAGAAGAUGCUCGGCAUCGCAUGUACAACAACUGGUUGCAUAGUCGGCGAUUUGCACAGAAUUCACAAUCACCGCAAACGAAUGGCGAUACUACGCCAUCAGAAAAUAACAAGAAAAUACCAUCUUCAUGAGUUUAUGAGAUACCAUUUAAUGUGCUUGAAUAGUUUCCAUAUUCUACGCGAUUCUUUCAGUGCAAUUGCCAAUUUUUUAACAUUCUUGAAAAUUUCGUUUUUCCUACGCACUUGCAUCUUGAAUUUACGCAUAUAUGAAUGAUAGCCAAAUUGAUCAUUGUUCCGUGCAAAAUUUGACGAUAGAGCAUGUUUUAUGCCAGGCAAGUUUCCCAUUUACGUUCCAUGUGAUGCGACAUCAGAGUGAGGCAUUGCUAGUGAAAAAUUUCUUUUCUUGGUGAAAAUCACCGCCCGCCUCUCGCUAGUUGUUCGGUUUGUUUUUUGAAUGUUGUGAAAAUUUUCUUUGUUACUGAUUAGCCUGCUAUUUGCGUUCAACUUUAUGAUGUGGGUGUUCUAGGAUGAAACACUCACGUUUUACUUGUGUAAAUGCUAUGUUAUGUAAUGUUGCCGUAU